AUGGAGCAAAAUCUACCAAUCGUAACGAAAAAGAUAUGGAAAAUAAUAAGGGUUCUGUACUUAAUGGUGAGAAAAGGCAUUUCCAAGGGAAAACUCCUUGCCGACCUCGCCACCCUCAUGAAGCGCGGCAAGAUCGCCGGAAAAGCCGCCAUCCACAACCUCAUGUUCCACCACCCCGCCGCCGGCCGCCGCGCCGCCGAGUACGAGUUCAGCUGCGGCAACAGCCCCCUCGUCUUCGGCCGCACCGCCGUCGCGUCGCCGCUGGACGCGCGGGCUCUGGCGGCGGCGCUGGAGAUAGUAGUGGGCGCGAGCGCGGGGGCGUCGCCGGCGCUGCCCGGGUUCGGGCCGAGCCCGCUGGUGAGGCAGCUGAGGAUAACGGACUCCCCUUUUCCGGUGAGGGACGGGGAGGAGGACAGCCGCGUGGUGGACGAGGCGGCGGAGGAGUUCAUCGCCAGGUUCUACAAGGAUUUGAAGAGGCAAAACGCCAUGGCCUAUUUGGGCUAUUCUUGA